CUGCGCUGGGUGUUUGGCAUCGGCGUAUCACGCAUGCGUAUUAUCCAGUUGCAGUGAACCAGCCUUGUAUACAAGUGUGACUGGAAGCCUCAAAUGUCAAAUCACUCAAAUCGUGCGUGUAACCUACAUAGAAAUCUGGAGAGAAAAAACAUCAAAGUACUUGUUAGCGAAUGGCUUGAUAGAAUUUGAAACUAUCCCAAUUCAAGCCAAGAUCAUCUGUUCUCAAGCCAAGCGGACGUGAAUAAGCGAGCACUGGUGUGGUGCGCGCGUUGUGUCGUGUUGCAUCGCACCCGUACAUACGCAUGUGCACUCUAACUUAUUAUUUAGUAGGUAUUUGCCUCUAGUCCGUAAAAUUUGCACGAUUCGAAUUAUUGGAACUAGCGAAUUGGCUAUUACGCUAUCGGGGUACAGUAAACGCAUAUACAAGUCAAGAAUACAUUAUUAGUACGUGCACGCGUGUGCGUGUGCCUGUAAAUACGUAAUACGCAUGUACACGCACACACGUCACACGAGUUGAAGUAUCAACUAGCUGUUAACGCAUAUAUUUUGGCCUGGCUGCACUUGAAAAAUUGUUUGACUAUAAUCAGAAAUGGGUGAACCAAUCAAGUACUAUGGAAAAAGAAGAAGUAUUGUAAGACGCAUCGGAUCUUUCUUACCUUUAAAGCCUCCACCAAAAGUUUACGUUAGCGUUACCCCAUUACACUCCAUGACCAAUUCUAUGAUUGAUCAAGAAAGCAGUGAGAGUUUUCGAGAUACUAAUCUGGGCUUAGGUAUAGGAAGUAAUGGACUUGCUCCAAGUAAACCAGAUCUUCUUGAGCCUAUAAGUUUUGGUUCGGAAGUACGCCUGCUUGCCUUGGAGCAAGAGUUGCAAGAUUUAAGAGAGCAGAUAUCGACAAUUGUUGAAACUAGAAAACCAAGUGCCUCUCAGCCGUGCUUGUCUAAUGGAAACAAUACUGCUCAACCACCACCUCCGCCACCUCCACUGCCACCACCAAAAACUCCUCGUAUAGCAGCAAGAGCUAGCUUGCAAGAUCAUAUGAAUCAAGAACAUAAUAAACCCCCACUGGCUGCCCAGAAAUCUAUGGGAGAGCUUUUGAGAGAUAUUGAUCAAGUAAAACUAAAACCUAUUGCACGAUCACCCAAUGGCCGGCCAUUGCGAAUCAAGCGGGAAAACAGCCCAUGUAAUGAUUUGCAAGAAAUUUUAAGAAGGCGUUAUUUAGCGAUCCAGUCACCUGAUAGCAGGAACUCUUCUGUUAAUUUAACACUAGAUGAUACUUUUUGAGAUUAUACCAAAAUGCCUCAAGUAGCCUUUAGUGCUACAAGUACAUGAGCAAAAUUACACCAAUUUAUACAUGUUGGAAUGAUUUUGACUUGCUAUUUCAUUCCAACCCGAUCAUAUUGGCAAGUCUUUUCAAGAACUAUUCAUUAAAAUUGCAAGUAACCAUCUCAAUUGAAGGGGACCAUACUGUGAUGUAUGGUGAAUUUGGUGCAAACAAAGCAAUGUCCAGAUGUUUGCAGAUAUUUGAGUACCAUCAAUAUAAACAUGAUACUAUUUUAAUCAAAAUAUCUUAUUAAUUGGCGCGAGCAAGCGCAUUCCAAGUUCCAGUACCGAAUUUGACGAAUAUGCAAUGAUGUUGGCAAUAGAAAUCAUGCUAGUUAUGUAUAGAGUUAUAGUAUAGAGACCAGUCCGAAAUAUAUUAUUUAAAAAUACACGGUAUUCUUCUACAAUCCUGUGAUAGGCGAUUGAGUUGUAUAGAUAAAAAAAGCAUUCAAGAGACUUACAUACUCUCAGAGAAUUUACAUACUCUUCACGGGAAAUUUGCUGAAAUAUUUAUAAUCACACUUGACUUGUAAUUACAGCACACAAGAAUAUUACAAGUCAUCUGUCAAAUGUCAUACAUCGACUGGUAGUUGAGCUCGUUAGUUAAUAAAAAUUUAUAUAUUUUGCUAAUACCUUGUGAUAAAGAUUGUUUUAUUUAUCUGACAAAAGGAUUUGACUGUCAUCAGAUUUUCAGUCCAAAAAACACUUGUAAACACAAUAUUUAGUUUUGUUAUUAAAUAAACUAGCUUUUGGAGACUGAUCAAGUCCUGUGUACUAUAUCUGCCAUGUGUAAAAAAUGUACAGCAAGUUAUGUAUGUACUUGAAGCCUUUUUAAAGAAAUAAGAUGGUUUUAAAAUGAA